AUGGCAACCGACAACAAAUACCCAUUUUGGGGUUACCCGGCGCCCAUCAAAGGGCCGGAAGUGGCGUACAAGGCCGAGCGGAAGUCGAACCCGGCUAUGCGAGGUUGGAUUCUGAUGCCGGCAGCGUACCUGCUCGAGCAGGUGCGCCCUCUCAGGGAGAUGAUCUGGUCGAACGCCGGCUUCUCCUCGCUGCGCAAGCUCCGCGAGAGGAUCGAGGAUUACGAGCCACUCCACGAUCCCACGGUGGUGCCUCUCGAUCAUAGGCUUCUCUUCGGGGUCAAUGGUAAUGGAGAUGUCCACAUCAAUGGCAAUGGAAAUGGAAAUGGGAACGGUUUCAUGGCAGCAGGGGAAUCGGCAGCCUCAGCGGGUUCACCUCGGACGGACUCAUCCCCUCACACUCUCUCACUUACCAGCUACUACUCGACGAAAACAUAUCGCGACCUGUACCUGAAGGGCGAUCUUACGCCUACCGACGUCGCAAAAGCCAUACUGCCUCUCAUCCGGCGAGACAUUGAGCCCAAGGGAUCUCACCACCUCUUCUUCUUCGACAGCAAGGCCGAGCUCGUGCUGAAGGCAGCCGAUGAGUCGACCCAGCGCUACCGCGAGAACCGCUCCCUUGGCCCACUCGACGGUGUGCCGUGCGCCAUCAAGGAUGAAUACGACCUCGAUGGGUACAAGUGCUGCCUCGGCUCGCAUCACAUCCUGUGCGUCAAGAAGCUGGUGGAAGCGGGUGCCGUCAUCGUCGGCAAGACGAGCAUGGUCGAGUUUGGGCUCGACACGCCUGGCAACAACCCCAACUACGGCACGCCGCGGAAUCCUUUCAAUCAGGACUACUACACCGGCGGAUCCUCGUCGGGCACGGCCGCGGCCAUCGGGUCCGGGCUGAUCCCGAUAGGGCUGGGCAGCGACGGCGGCGGGAGCAUCCGGAUCCCUGCGAGCUUCUGCAACAUCUUCGGGCUGAAGCCCACGCACGCGCGUGUCUCAUUCUGGCCGAGCGCCAACCACUCCAACACGUGCGCCGUCAACGGGCCGAUGGCCGCAGACAUGGAGUCGCUGGCCACGCUGUUCGAGGUCGUCGCCCGGCCGCACCCGGACUCACCCUUCGCCUUCCCCAGUGUCCCGAGGCUGCCCUCGGCCGACAGGUUGCUCGAGCAGACGCCCGGUAGGCCCAAGAUCCUCGGUAUCUGCCGCGCCUGGUUCAACGACUGCGCACCCGCGGUUAGGGAGCUGUGUGAGGGGAUGGUGGACACCAUGGUGACCAAACACGGCUACAAGGUCGUCGAUAUCCAGAUUCCGUUCCUGGCCGAAGGUCAGUUCGCGCACGCGAUGACGGUGUUGACGGAUGCGGCGACGCUGUUGCCCAAAUAUGAUAAUCUUACUUUCGCCAACCGCAUCCUCCUAGCUCUAGGCCGCACGACCCCAGCGACAGACUACCUCCUCGCGCAGAAGCUGCGGCGCUGCCUGAUGUCGCACCUGUCGCACCUGUGGCGGCAGCACCCAGGGAUACUGAUCAUCACGCCGACGACGGCGUGCGCGGGGUGGCGGAUCCGGGACGGCGGCGGCAAGGCGGGCGGCAACAGCAGCGGCGAGAUGCGGGUGGGCAUCUCGGACGGCGACAAGACCAUCGAGACGAUGCGGUACGUGUGGCUGGGCAACUUCUGCGGCCUGCCGUCCAUCAACGUCCCCGCGGGCUACGCGAGCCCGGACGCCGCAGGGAAGGGCGAGAGGGUCGCGGACAAGGCCACCGUCGGCAAGGUCCCCGUCGGCUUCAUGGCCACGGGCGAGUGGGCGUCCGAGGAGAGCCUGAUUGAGUUUGGGGUCGAGGCCGAGAGGGCUGGAGCCGAGUGGCGGGAGAGGCCCGAGGGGUGGGUUGAUGUUGUUGAGCUGGCUAAGAAGGCCAAGUAG